AUGAGCAAUCCAAACCCCAGCAUCCUGGGGUCCGAAAACUACGGCUUGAUCGACUUCCUGCGCUAUUGGGCAUACGGGAACGUCCUGCAGUCGGGCCAUAAGCUACCGCGGCCCGGCAUCCGCAGAGUCCUGAAGCAGGCCACCAGUGGAGUAGAGCGCGUGUAUUACUCUGACCUGCGCGGAGAUGGCUGUGACAUACAAGGUCUGGAUUGGGAUAGUAUGAACACAACACGCAGUGCCGCCAGGGAGAUUCGUCGAUAUACAUACAAGAACUACGUCAACAGGCCGGGUUCUGAUAUUCACGUAAAGGUCGCCCUUCCCGCCACCGACAGCUUUUUCAGGUUCAGGAGAAUGGAUGUCCGGCGGGAUAUUAGCCUUGCCCAUUUCCAGCUUCGGAGCGUGCUUGCUUGUCCCGGUCGGACGCAUGCUUACUAUCCCAGCGUGCAAGGCAUCAACAUGCUCAACACCGCAACGAAAAAGACGAGUCUAGCGAUGAAUCUGCGUGCUUUUGCUGGCAUGGCGGCUCCCGCCAUAUCAACCCUUGAUGCCGGCUGCGGUGUCUUAAUGGCCGGCACCUUCAAUGGCGACUACUUCCUGCAGUCAUUGACUGCCGAGGAUAAGAAGAGCUACUCGGAGGGACAGAUAUCCAACGACGUUAGCGGGAUUACCAACCACAUCAAGAUAUACAAACCCAGGAGGUCUGACAGUCCUGCCGCCGCCAUUGCAAGCAAUGACCAGGGCUUCCGCCUCCUAGACCUUCAGACGGAAAAGUAUACCGCCAAAUUCACAUAUCCCUUUGCCCUCAACUGCUCGGCCAUGUCGCCAGACGGUCGGCUUAGAGUCGUUGUAGGCGACGACCUGAACGUUUUGAUCACCAAUGCGGAGACGGGCGAGAUCCUACAACAGCUUGGCGGGCACCGUGAUUACGGAUUUGCCUGUGACUGGUCGGACAAUGGUUACCACGUUGCCACUGGUUUCCAGGACAAGACCGUCAAGAUCUGGGACGCCCGCUACUGGCGCAAUGCCAAUGGCGUUAGCACCCCGGUCUGCACGAUAGCGACGGAGAUGGCCGGCGUCCGAAACCUGCGCUUCUCUCCAUCAGGCAGCGGCCGACCUCUCCUUGCCGCAGCGGAAGAGGCCGACUUCAUCAACCUGAUUGACGCCAAGACGUUCCGCUCCAAGCAGGUCAUUGACGUUUUCGGCGAGAUUGGAGGCGUGGCAUUCACCAAUGACGGACAGGACCUGAACGUUCUCUGCUGCGACGCCCACCGAGGCGGCCUGCUGCAGUUUGAGCGCUGCAGCUUUGGAGUUGACGAGCCUCUCACAGGAGGCGUGCAGCGGAUCACGAAAAUCGACGACGACUCUUCAACUCAAUGGGAUUUUAUACUACGGCGCCGGCCGCCAAUGUACCUGGACGGCCCGGGUGUGUUUUAA